AUGGCCAUCAAAAGAUUUGUCUGUCGCAGAGGGCCACCGGCGGAGGUUUACUCCGACAAUGGAACCAAUUUUCAAGGCGCCAGCAACGAACUGAAAAGACAGAUGAAAGAACUGAACCUUACCUGUGCAGCCACCUUUACAGACACUCACACGAAGUGGAUCUUCAACCCCCCUUCCGCGCCACACAUGGGUGGAGUUUGGGAACGACUGGUCCGAAGCGUUAAAGAAGGAUUAAACGGGUUGAAUGAUGGCAGAAAGUUGAAUGACGAAAUACUCGUUACCGUGUUGACAGACGUGGAAUACCUGAUCAAUUCUCGGCCACUAACUUAUAUGCCACAAACUUCAUCGGAUAGGGAAGCACUAACCCCUAACCAUUUCCUUCUAGGCAACUCGGCAGGAAGAAAACAAACACUUCGCACAACACCAGAACUAGCGAACGCGCUAAGAAGUAGCUACCAACGAGCGAUUGUCCUAGCAGAGGCCAUGUGGGAUCGAUGGCUGAAGGAAUAUAUACCGACCCUAAACCGCCGCAGUAAAUGGUUAGAGCCAUGUAAACCACUAAAACCAGGAGAACCGGUUUUCAUCACAGAGGGUGCAAGGAAGGAAUGGCUGAGAGCAAUCGUACUGGAAACAUACCCGGGCACGGAUGGCACAGUAAGGCAAGCACUGGUACGAACAACUACGGGGAAGGAACUAAAACGCCCAGCAGUAAAACUAGCGUUGAUCGAUGUUGAAGUGAAAGAUGGGGAAAACAUAGACGAGCAAAAUAAGCCGAAAAUACCACUGCAGACUAGUAGGAUAUGA